AUGACUGAGCUGGAGAAAGCUGAAGGGGCUAUUAAAAGCCAUGAAGAUGCAUCAAAAAUUGUUGAACUGAAAAUGAAAAAAUCUCGGUGUAAAGCAAAAUUCACACGAACAAAAAACAAAUUAAUAGAUGAGAUGAAUGAUGAAACACCGGACACAGAUCUAAUGAAAGAAUUAAUAGACAAAUUAGAGACUGCAAUGGAUGGCGCCACGGAGGCAAUAGAAGAAUUAAAGGAUUGGGUGAUUCAAGAAAGUCAGUACCUUACUAUUGCUUCAGAAACAAUUCAUGGACUUAGGUCAGAAAACGAGAGAAUAUACUCACCGAAAUCAAGUGCUAGAACACGAUCGUACUAUGCUAAUCCACAAAUAGGGAAAAAGAAGAAAAUCUGUGGGGUAUGUGACAAUGAACAUGAGACACACCAAUGUGAAAAAUUUAAAGCUAUAGAUGUUCCAAGUCGUUGGGCGAUGGCAAAGGAAAAACGCCUAUGUUUUCGAUGUUUACGGAACAAUCACAGAGGAAAUGAAUGUCGUCUAUACCGAAAAUGUCACAUAGACGGGUGUGUGAAAACACAUGAUAAACUUUUGCACUCAACCAAUGACCAAUCAAAACAGGGCUUUAGUUUGAAUGUAAAUGCACAAGAAUUUACUUCAGGUACAAACACAGAUGAACAAGCAUUUACCAGCAGACAAGCAAAUAGUAAAAUUGCUUUGAGAACAGUUCCAGUCAUUAUAUCAACUGAAAUGCGAACAUUGAGAAUUAAUGCAUUAUUAGAUGAUGGAAGUUCUAAAACUUACAUAAAUGAAGAUGUUGCAUAUGAGUUAGGUUCAGAUGGAGAGUCGGAAACUGUAAAAGUUAAUUUAUUAAACGGUAGGACAGAGAGUUUUUCAACUAAAACAGUAGCAUUUUGUAUUGAAAGUGAAAAUAGACAGCUAAAAAUAAAAUUAGAAGCCAACACUACUAAAAAUGUAACUGGUUCGUUGAAAGCAGUUAACUGGAAUGAACAUUGCGGAAGAUGGGACAACUUGAAGGGAAAACCAUUUCCAAACAUUACAAAGAAAAGUAAAGUAGACUUACUGAUCGGCAUCGAUUAUUCAGAUUUGCACAGCACAUUAGAUGAAACAAUUAAGCAGUUUUGGGAAAUUGAACAUGUAAAAGUGGACAAACCGGAACUGUCACAAGAAGAAAAUGUUGCUCUUGGAAAAGUGAAAGAUACAAUAGAGUAUACAAAAAAAAUGUAUGAAAUAGGAAUACCAUGGAAAGAGAAUAAUGUUGAGUUGCCGAACAAUUAUGACAUGGCACUGACUCGUUUACAGAACACUGAAAAAAGGCUCGAUAAAAACCCAACAGUUAGCAAGGCAUACAGUGAGAUAAUUAAGAGCUAUGAAGAGAAAGGGUACAUUACAAAGAUAACUGAAUCUGUGCCACAAAAUAGCCAGUCAUGGUAUUUACCACAUUUCCCAGUAAUUAGACCUGAAAAGGAAACAACAAAAGUACGUAUCGUGUUUGACGCUUCCGCGAAGUAUCAGAAUGUAUGUCUGAAUGAUGUAGUGUACGCUGGACCAAAACUGCAGAAUGAAUUCUUUGAUGUUCGCUUCCGUUUUCGAAAGAAGCCAGUGGCUAUUGUUUGCGAUAUAGCAGAAAUGUAUCUUCGAGUCGGUAUCCUUGAAACUGAUAGACGUUUCCAUCGAUUUCUUUGGAAUUCAAAAUGUGACCCACCAGAACAGCAUGAAUUCAAUCGAUUAGUAUUUGGGGUAAAUGCGACUCCUUUCUUAGCUCAAUUUGUAGCUUAA